AUAUUUUAUAACUCAUAAACCAAAUGUCCAAAAUACUAUACUUGAUGACUUCCUGAAAGACUGGCCCCUGGGGGAUGACCCAAGGCCGUCACUUGUUGCGACAGAGGAAGGCUGGUGCUUUUCUUUUGACUUUUUGGUUUGUUGAGUUAUACGUCAAGCAGUCAUGUCAAUAAAACACACCUUACACGCAUGAAUCACUUAUGAUUGCGUCGAUUACUUAGCACAUACAGAGAACAACACCAACACAGAGAGCAACACCUUCAGAAGCUCUGGCAACAGAUAGCAAGGAAUUUGGAUGCUGCUACUGAUACUACCACGCCAUGGAAAAUAACUUUCGAUCAACAGGAGUGCCCCCUGGCCUGGAGUACCUGACACAGAUCGAUCAAAUCUUGAUCCAUCAGAAAAUGGAACUGCUGGAGGCCAUCACUUCCUUUGAGACUAAAAACCGGUACGUAAUCAAGAACAGUUUGGGACAGGAAAUCUACACGGCCAAGGAGGAUAGUGACUGCUGCACCCGGAACUGCUGCGGUCCCAACCGCAUGUUUGAGAUGAAGAUCAAAGACCACAGUGGCCAGGAGGUCAUGCACCUGGUCAAGCCCUUCCGCUGCACUUCCUGCUUCUGGCCCUGCUGCCUGCAAGAGAUGGAGGUCCAAUCCCCUCCUAGCACCACCAUAGGUUAUGUGGUUCAGAACUGGCAUCCCUUCAAGCCAAAACUGUCCAUCCUAGGAGCUGCCAAAGAGACUCUCCUGACGAUUGAAGGUCCUUUCUGUGCCUGUAGCUGCUGUGGAGAUGUUGAUUUUGAGGUGAUGGGUAAGGACAGCGACCAGCCCAUUGGGAGAAUAAGUAAGCAGUGGAGUGGGCUGAUAAAGGAGGCCUUCACUGACUCAGACAACUUUGGGAUCCAGUUCCCCGUGGACCUGGAUGUCAAGAUGAAGGCUGUGCUGAUGGGGGCCUGCAUCCUUAUUGAUUUCAUGUUCUUUGAAAGCAGUGGUGACGGUGAUCAACGGUGUUCUGUAUUUGGAUAAGAGAGAGAGUUUUUGAUCAUGUACAAAUUACAUGAUACUAUAGUUGAUAAUGACAUGGCUAUUGGAUGCAUAUGAAUCACAUAACAUGACAUUUAAGACAAAACAAACAUGUGUUCUUUAUUAAUUCAAUAUAUUAAUCUGUAUUUUGGUUGUCUGAAUACAAUAUUCAAACAUUUGUAA